AUGCCUCCAACAUCCAAGUCAAAGGACCUGGACACGGGGCACCUAGACACAUCGGUGCUAGGAAGGGAGCGACAUGAACUGACUCGACGGAUACUGUGGAAGCUUGAUCUGCACGUCCUUCCACCGUUGGCUUUGUUGUGGCUCGCGAACUUCAUCGACCGUACCAAUGUUGGCAAUGCAAAGAUCGCAGGCUUGUCCAAUGAACUCCAUCUACAAGGAACUCAGUUCAACAUAGCGCUCGCAGUGUUCUACGCACCCUAUAUUUUGGUUGAACUGCCCUCCAACUGGAUCCUGAAGAGAGCGAAGCCUAGUAGAUGGCUUCCGGUUAUUGUAGGGGUGUGGGGCAUGGUCACGACACUCAGCGGCCUUGUUCAGAACUUCAGCGGCUUGAUCGCUAUUCGAUUCUUCCUCGGAUUCUGCGAGGGGGGGCUGCUGCCGGGAAUUAUGCUAUACCUAAGUACCAUAUACAAACGCCAUGAGCUGCAGACACGGGUCGGCAUCUUCUACGCGUCUGCGUCCCUGUCUGGUGCCUUCGGAGGUUUAUUGGCAACGGGCAUCGAGGAAAUGGACGGCAUAGGCGGUCUCUCUGGAUGGCGAUGGAUCUUCAUCCUCGAGGGUCUCAUUACUGUGCUCUUCGCUGUCAUCGCCGCGAUAUUUUUACCCGCGGACAUAGGUUCCGCGAAGUUCUUCACUGGAGAAGAGAGAGAGUUCGCCUUGAAACGUUUCCGCGACGAUAGCGCUGUGACAUCAAGCGCUCCCCUGUCUGAACCAGCGCAGCGCAUCAAUGCUGCGGGUAUGCAGAUAGAGAAAGAGGACGACAUCCAGGUAGAAACGCUUACUACGCGUAGCGUUGCACAGGUCGUCAAUCAGGAGGACGAGAAAUUCGAAUGGUACGAAGUCUUCAGAGGUAUCAAGGAGCCACAAGUCUGGAUGACGUCUCUGUCUUAUCUCGGGAUCAUCGUUAGCCUAUACUCAUUCUCGCUGUUCUUGCCUACCAUCAUCACAGGCCUAGGGUACUCUGGAGGCCAAGCACAGUUGCAUACUGUGCCCCCAUACGUGCCUGCCGUCGUCCUCACAGUUGCGGUCGCGGUCGCAGGUGACCGCUUUCGCAUGCGCGGUCCAUUCAUUCUACUGUUUCUUCCUAUCUCAAUCGCGGGGUACAUACUUGCGAUCGUAGCCAAGAAUGAUACACAACGUUAUGCCGCAGUGUUCUUGAUCGCAUCCGGAAUCUAUCCUUGUGGGCCAUGCGUCCUGUCGAUUCUACCCAACAAUACCGCUGGUCACUACAAGAAAGCAACCGCGGUAGCUCUACAGCUCGCAGUUGCGAAUACAGGAGGCUUCGUAGCUACGUUCGUCUACACCAGCUCCCAAGCGCCGAAGUAUAUUGAAGGACAUAUAAUAACUGUCUCUUUCUUGGCGAUGGCAUGGGUUACUAUGUUCGCGAACGUAAUGUACUGCAUAGUAGAGAAUAGAGCACGAGCUGCAGGACGCCGUCAAGGAAACCUCAUUGCAUAUCAAGAGCUCUGGGACUCGGGAAGGACAAGAGCGCCCAUUGGUGACCGCCAUCCGGACUUCCGUUUCACGCUGUAA